UUUGUAACAAAAGUCUCCAAAGACAGAAUGUCUGUACAACUGCAAGUAUUGAUUAUGCUUCUGCUCCAAGCUAAAGGCAUUGGGGGACAAACUGAACAUCUUUACAAAAGGCUUGGAGAGGAUGUGAUUCUAUCCUGUGAAACUAACUUUUCAACUCAUCUUUGCUCCAAAAUAAACUGGCUGCACAGAAGAAAUCCAAAUUCUGCAACUAAGCUAGUUUAUGGAGGAAAUUUGGAACGGGGUUCAGCUGGAGCUUCAAGGCUGAGUGUGAGCAGGAACUGCUCUCUGCUCAUCAGGAACAUUACUGAUGAGGACGCUGGAAUUUACACCUGUCACCACAAGACAAAACCAGAUUUAAGUGUCGAUUUAAAUAUCCUGGGUAUUACCUCCUCUUUACCAGAUGAUAAUGGAAUAGUCACCUUACAGUGCUCCCUGAGUGGAUAUGAAGUUCUCUGUCAGCAGAGCAGCUUCUUCUGGAAAAAUAAGAGAGGAAUGGUGGUGUUUAGUAAAGGUGUGGAGUUUGAGUUCAGAGGACAGAAAGAAUGUCUCUCUUUUCUGGCAGCGAAACAUCCAAGUAAAAACAACAUAAGAUACACCUGCAUACUUUUUACGGACAACAAAGAAAAGAUUAAUGUGAUCUACCAACCACCCUUCACAGGCAUCAGUGGAGAAACUGAACAUCUCCACAGAAGAGCAGGAGAUGACGCCAUUUUACCUUGUAGAGCCAAUUCCUCCUCUUCCUCAUGCUCUGAUGUUAACUGGGUGUACAGCAGAGAUGUGGACGCUGCAGUAGAACUUCAAGUUCGCAGAGGGAAGGUUGAUCAGAGUUCAGCUCGAGCUUCCAGGCUGAGUUUGAGCAGUAAUUGCUCUUUGCUCAUCAGAAACAUCAAUGAUAAAGACGCUGGAGAAUACACCUGUUGGUUUAAGGAUAAAGAUGAAUUUGAUGCAGAUAUUUAUCUCGACAUUUUGGGAAAUCUUUCUGGUCACAACUUCAUCAUCAUCGUUGGAGCCGUGAUGAAGGUGGUGUUGAUGUUUGUGGGUGUGGUUGCUGCUCUGGUCUACAUGUACAGGAGGAGAACCAAAGAGAACGAGGACGAGAGAACUAGAACAAGAAGAAGAACAGUGGAUGGCAUCAGUGGAGAAACUUUACAUUUGUUUGCUAGAGCUGGAGAUCAAGUACUUUUGCCUUACUGUGCUAAUUCAUCUUCUCGGUCAUUCUCUGAAGUGAACUGCUUGUACCAAAAAGAUAUGAAUACAGCUGGAAAUGUUGUCAUAAGAGGAGAAGUUGUUCAGAGUUCUGCUGGAGCUUCCAGGCUGAGUGUGAGCAGAAACUCUCUGCUGAUGAGAAACAUCAGCGCUGAAGAUGCUGGACUUUAUGUCUGUAUUCAAUCUCAAUGUCCUGCUUUUAUUUACCUAAGUAUCUUGAGCAGUGAGUAUUUGACCUCAUCUAUUUGCCAACACUGUCAAGAAACACUGCAGCUAGUAUUUUGUUUCCUUUUUUCUGAGUAUCUCACAUUUAUUGUCUUUGUUUCAGUCUCUCCAUCUCCACCAGAUCUUCAUGGAAAUGUCAAACUACAUUGUUCUCUCAUUAGCAUUGAUGACCAAGUUUCCUGUCAGCGCAGCAGCAUCUUGUGGGAGAAUGAAACAGGAAAUGAGCUGAUUGGUGAAAAAGCUGAGUUGGAGGUUGGAGGACGGAGAAACUGUGAUUCUGUUCUGACUGUGAAACAUACGACUGAAAACAACAGAAGAUUCACCUGCAAGUUUGUUGAAGAUGAUGAAGUGAAGAUAGAUGCUGUCUAUGUUCUGGACUUUCCAGAUCUUUCUGGUCACAACAUCAUCAUCAUCGUUGGAGCUGUGAUGAAGGUGGUGUUGAUGUUUGUGGGUGUGGUUGCUGCUCUGGUCUACAUGUACAGGAGGAGAACCAGGAAGAAGAACAGUGGAUGGUGAGGAGGACGCCCUGUGAAGAAGAGAACUCUCCUCUUAGAACAACAAUAACAACAAAAACUAGAAAAGAAAUGUUUAUUUUUACUUUAUUUUACUUUAUAUGAGUGCAGAUGUUUUCUUCUCCAUGUUCAUUUAUUUUAUUUUAUUAUAGUUUCAUUUAUUCAGCUUUAUUUGCUCAGAUCGGGUUUUGGCUGCAAGGAACCUGCUCAAUAACUGCAUAAUUGGUGGGAAUGCAGUUUAAUGUUUUGAUGGAGAUGACAUUUUAUAGAAGAAGGAUCUUAAAAGGUUCAACUGGACGAACUUUCAUGGGAACAUUCCAAAUCCCCAAAAAACAUAGUAAUGGAUAAAAUGAGAACAUGCAAAAAAUAAUGAAGUUUAUCCUAAAAUCUCUUUUCUGUUCCAGAAGAUCAUGUCAACAGAAACUUAAUAAGUGGAGUUUUUUUCUGAGACAGCAGACAGCAGCACAGCGAAUUACCUCAAUGCUAUGAAGGGAAUAGACUGAUGAUGAAGAUUUCUGCUCUUUUUGUUAAGUCUCAAUAUAUUGAAAAAAAAAAAAAACUUUUUAAAGUCA